GAGACGAAGACGCGCAGCACGCGAAGCACUCGAGGGAUGACGAUGUGCUGACUAACGGAGACCCGGACGCGAUCCACGUCCGCCGGAGGUCAUCUGUGAAAAAAGCACCCUCAAAGUCGCGAAAGACGAACAAGAAGAAGCAGAAGUCUCAAGCAACUUUGCACGCCAUCGCUGCCGCAGUACAGAGCGAGGAGUCCUUAGUCGCUGGACAUUCAAUGGUCGCAGCUCCUACUGCUCGCGCAGUGCCGCUUCUAAUCUGCAGCAUCGGCAAUCCUGGAGCACAAUAUGCCAACACGCUGCAUAGCGCCGGUCACACGGCGUUGAAUCGCCUAGCAGCUCACCUAGGCUAUGCGCCAUUCUCCAAGGAAAAAAGUUGGGGUAAUGGCCUUGUGAGCAGACCUCCUGCCAUAUCUGUGGGGAGCAGCCGAGACUGGACUUUGUGGCAGAGUACCGCAUACAUGAACGAGAGCGGGAAGGGCGUACGAGCGGCAUAUCAGGCUUGGAAUCGGAGUCUGGUUGAUGGAGUGGGUAAAUUGGUUGUGGUACAUGACGAGCUGGAGAAGCCAUUAGGUGCCAUUACUGUCAAGACGCAGCAAGGUCUGAGCGCAAGAGGGCACAAUGGUCUAAAGAGCAUCAUGUCUGUUAUUGGUAACACGGCAUUCGUAAGGAUUGGUGUGGGAAUUGGCAGGCCCGCGAGCAGGCAAAGCGAUGAUGUGGCGAGAUAUGUGCUGAAGAAGAUGGAUCAUAAGGAACGGUUGGCCAUUGAUGGCAGCGUAGAAGAACUUUUUGCGCAACUGGUGAAGAUUGAGAGUGGUUGAUACGAUCGAGCUAUAUGUGCUGCCUUUCGCGGACACAACAUUCUAUCAACAAGAAGCCCUACAGGAUUUUGCAGUCAUCAGAGACGCUAUGGGACAUGUCAAUUAAUGACAGACUUGGCGCAUGCAACGAUGUGGACCACAUUAGCAGCUCGUUGGAUAUCACACCUCUCCUCGAGGCUGGUACUUCCGCCUCGGUUGGUCAUUCCGGAAGACACAGGCGCAAGUAGCAGUAGCACUUGAUGCUCGACACAGUUCGGCUGAGCUACGCGCCUUCGUUAUCCUACGACAAGUCUGGUCUAACUGGCCCGCGAUCUCGCAGUCGACGGUCUGCCAUUUGCAAGCAGGGUCGCAAACAGAUGAAUACUCUCGGCACUGAGCCCUGGCUCUCGGUCCGGCCAAAAGGUGUAUAGCAAUCACUGGCUCAGGUUACCAGUGCUCGAGCUUCCCUACCCUCUGUAGUAGCAGCCGUCUUACCUUCGGGACCUUCUAGCCACGUGGCUCGCGAGAUGGGCGUCCCUUCGGAUGGAGACCUCGUCUCAAGUGAUGUUCUUGCUCUUCGAGCUUGAUCUCCGGUUUCUCGUUGGUGGCCAUAUCUCCUCUCUGAAAUAGCAGAUUAGCUCAAAGCAUUAUUUACUCGGUUUCUGGGGCGAACAGUGUCUUGAUCUUGGUGGUAUGAUCUAGGCACUCUUUCCUCAAGUUCCUCGAGUAAUGCUGCCCAAGUGCAGAUGGUUUUCUCGAACGGAGCCUUCGUUGCGGGCGAUCUUAGCUGCACUUUCGAGUUUGAUCACGAGUGGCUAUAAGCAUCCGUUCCUCGUACAGUGCAGCGUAUGCGAUGCCUCGAGCACUAGGUAUAGGUAGACAUUAUGUAUACAGCGACCCGCAUCUAG